AUGGCUGAGCCAAACAGGAAACGACGCUUCUCUGACGAAGGUGUUGCCCAAGAUACCGACGUCAAGAUGGAAGAACCUACACAGGCCGCAGCUAAGACCUCAACGGCCGCCAAGCCGAACAACACCCUGUUCGUUCGAUCGCUACCAGCCACGGCCACGAAAGACAGCCUCGCAGAGUUCUUUUCGCAAUCCUACGUUCUCAAGCACGCUGUCACCGUCAACAACUCGGAAAAGCAAUGUAAGGGUUAUGGUUUCGUGACCUUCGCCGACCUCGAGGACGCCCAGAGCGCCUUGGAGGAACUCAAUGGAGCCGACUUUGAGGGAAAGAAGAUUCGAGUCGAAUACGCCCAACAGCGUCACCGUGAGAUUGACGAGAAACUUGGAAAGAGCAAGCCCGCCGCGAAAUCGCAACAAAUCAAGCAAGAUCGCGAAGACGACAUCAAGACAAUUGAGGACCUCGCAGCUCUCUUCCGCAGUUACGGAAAGGUCAAAUGGGCCGAUCUCCCCAAACAAAACAACAAGCUUCGCGGUUUCGGCUUCGUCAUUCUGCGCGGAAAGAAGAACGCCGAGAAGGCUCUUCAAGGCGUGAACGGAAAGGAAAUCGAUGGUCGCACACUGGCUGUUGAUUGGGCCGUUGACAGGGAACAAUGGGAGAAUGUUAAGAAGGAUGACGCUGACGAGGAGAAGGAGGACGAUGAUGUGGAUAUGGAGGACAAGGCCGCGAAGGAGGACGACGAUGAGACUUCAUCCGACGAGGACGAGGACGAAGAGGAUGAUGAGGACGACGACGAUGAAGAUCUGGAGGACCUCGAGGAUUUGGACGAGGAGGCCCGCAAGGAACCAAUCGAAGACGACCGUAAUGAAUGCACCGUCUUCCUCCGCAACCUGCCAUUCACAUGUACCAACGAUACGCUCUAUGAGCACUUCACCCAAUUCGGUCCCCUUCGAUAUGCGCGCAUUGUGCUUGACCGCGAAACCGAACGCCCUCGCGGAACCGGAUUCGUGUGCUUCUGGAAGGUCGAGGACUGCAUGACCUGCGUCCGUGAAGCCCCCAAGCUCGACACAGUGGUCGCCGAGAAGGAACGCUCCAAACCGGCCAUGAAACACUCAAUUCUUCAACACGAGAAUUCCGACCCUACUGGUCGUUACACCCUGGACGGUCGAGUUCUACAGGUCGCCCGUGCCGUCAACAAGAAUGAGGCUGCCAAGCUGAAUGAAGAGGGUGUUUCGCGCCGUCUGGUGCGUGACAAGGAUAAGCGUCGUCUCUACCUGCUGUCCGAGGGUACCAUCCCCUCCAACUCCCCUCUCUAUAAGAAGCUUUCUCCUUCCGAGAUCAAGAUGCGCGAGGAGAGCUACAAGCAGCGAGAGGGAUUCAUCAAGAAGAACCCCGCCCUCCACCUCAGUCUCACCCGUUUGUCAAUCCGCAACCUUCCCCGUCACAUCACAUCCAAGGAUCUCAAGCAACUUGCCCGUGAGGCCGUUGUCGGUUUCGCCAAGGAUGUCAAGGCCGAGAAGCGCCAGUCCCUCUCUCGGGAGGAGCAGCAGCGAUCCCGCGAGACCAUGAAGGAACUUGAGCACGAGCGCAAGGAGAAGAAGGCCGGUAUCGUCCGACAAGCCAAGAUUGUCUUCGAGACUCGUGAGGGUACUAAGGUGCCCGAGAAGGAAGGUGGUGGUCGCAGUCGUGGUUACGGUUUCAUCGAAUACUACACUCACCGUCACGCGCUGAUGGGUCUGCGCUGGCUCAACUGCCACCCGAUCGAGAUCCCGGCGAACUCGGACUCGGAAGAGAAGGAAAAGCGCAAGCGCCUGGUUGUUGAGUUUGCUAUUGAGAACGCCCAGGUUAUCAAGCGUCGUCAAGAGUUGCAAGACAAGAAGAAACAGCAGGCCAAGGAGAAGGCAGAGAAGGAUGCAAAGGGGGAGCAAGAAGAGGAGAAGGGUCAGAAGGGUCAGAAGCGGAAGCGCUCAGAAAAGGGCAAGGAUAGCAAGGAAGAUGGGGAGGAUGUUGAGGAGGACAAGGUCGCGAAGCGCAAUCGGAUUAUUGGCAAGAAGCGCGCGCAGCGUAAGGCCCGUAAGGCAUGA